UUAUAAAUAUUUCUACAACCCCUUCAUUUUCAUUUCAAGCACACACCAAAAAUCUGAGCAGAAAAAAAAAAUACAGUAAAGGCCAUGGACUGGUUUUCUUGGUUGUCCAAAACAGGGCUAGAGCCUUCUCUUGUGUAUGAAUAUGGCCUAGCUUUAGCUCAUAACGAGCUCGAAUACGACGACGUCGUUUACUUCAACCACGAAUUUCUCCAAAGCAUAGGCAUUUCGAUUGGCAAACACAGAUUAGAAAUUCUCAAACUUGCUAAGAAAGAAAAAGGAGCGAUCCCAAAUUCCAUGUCGAGAUUUCUCCAAGUAAUUAAACGCACAAAGAGGCGUUUGUCAAAGUAUAUAAGGAAUUGGGGUCAUAGCGAGGAAUUAGCACUUGCUUUAGUCCCAAAAAAGAUUAGCAGUUCCAGAUGGAAAAAUUCUAUGCUGAAGAGGAGGAGCACAAGGGUUGCUGCAGCUAAGCAGAAUACUCUGUUAAUCACAAAUGGGAGUCCCAAUUUCAUUUCAGAUUCAAGAAUGAACAGUUUCUCUAGUCCGACGGUUAAUGAUGAAAAAAUGGGAGAUGAUUAUUGGGCGUCGUGUGGAGUUGAAGCAAUCAGGUGGGAUACAAUGUUUCAAAAUCUAAAACCAACUUAAUUUCUC